GGGGGUCGCACGCGUUCGGAUUGGAACUUGAUGGAACCUGGAAAUUUGACCUCAAGGUCACAAGGGCCCGCCUCGCUGAGUAAUUACAUAUCGGAUUCCUAGUAGUCUGCCAGCGCACCUUUUUUUCUCGGCUGUAGGGGAAAUGACUGCAGAAAAGUCCUAUAUAAGCGGCGUACUGGCCUUAUUCCCCAGGCGCAAUCGCUCAAAAUCUUCCCGUCUUUGAAUCGAUCGUAAUCCAUUGACAAUCCUUCUCCAAGAUGGCACCCACUCUCAAGCUGACGUAUUUCGACAUCCGUGCCCGAGCGGAAUCAAUUCGCCUUGCCCUUACCAUCGCAGGCAUUCCCUUCGAGGAUGUGCGCCUCCCAAGGAGCGAAUGGCCAGCUUUCAAAGAGAAGACUCCAUACGGCCAAGUUCCCACUCUGGAAAUCACGGAAAACGGCCAAACAUUCAUGGCGGCUCAGAGCGAAGCCAUUCUUCGGUAUGUGGCCCGGCUAGCACCUGAAUCAGGCCUGUAUCCCGUUGAGGACCCUCUGAAAGCAUUGCGAGUGGACGAGAUUUUGAACGCAUGUGAAGAUUUGGGUAAAAAGAUCUCACCCACAAUGCGGGAGCCGGAUGCUGAGAAGAAAGUGAAGACUCGUCAAGAGUUGACCGGCCCUGAAGGCGAAUUGACUGUUUUCACCAAAAAGAUCAACGCCCGCCUGGAUCCGUCAGGCUACGUCUUGGGCGGAGACAAGCCCACCAUCGCUGAUUUGGAGCUCAACGGCGCAAUGUGGUGGAUGUCUAGUGGCUUACUGGACGGCGUAGACCCGGCCUGGGUAAACCAAUUCGAUAGAAUCUGCAAGCUGCGUGACAAGCUCGCCGCCCAUCCGAAAGUGAAGGAGUGGUACUCGAAAAAGUGAGGGAAACGCGUGGCAACGGCCCUGUGGGCUCCACCCCCUCGGGUCGUGAGUUGCCUCUUCCCAUUGCUACCUCGUAACAAAUAGGUGGGAAGGAAUCCCUCUGAGAUAAUUGAAUAAACUGCUGCUUGAAAGUAAUGACCAGGAAAGCUUUCCGCCCCUUUUCGUGCACCGUGGUUCACUGUGAUAUUGUCA